GUGGCUCAUGCCUAUAAUUCCAGCUACUCGGGAGGCUGAGGCAGGAGAAUCACUUGAACCCCGGUUGUGAGCCAAUAUCACGCCAUUGCACUCCAGCCUGGGCAAAAGAGCGAAACUCUGUCUCAAAAAAAUAAAAAAAUAAGUUGCUUUAUGGAAGAAAGUAUAGAAGGAGAGUAUAGAAGGAGAGAAAGGGAUCUGAUGACCAAAGCAGGGAAUAAGUGUUUGGAGUCCACGGCAUUCUGAAAACUUCUUGGGAAUAGAGUCGGGGCCCCCAGUGCUGUCACUCUCACUCAUCCUCCUCUGCACAUGUGAGAUGUUUCAGGACCCAGUGGCCUUUGAGGAUGUGGCUGUGAACUUCACCCAGGAAGAGUGGACAUUGCUGGAUAUUUCCCAGAAGAAUCUCUUCAGGGAAGUGAUGCUGGAAACUUUCAGGAACCUGACCUCUAUAGGAAAAAAGUGGAAAGACCAGAACGUUGAGUUUGAGUACAAAAUCCCCAGAAGAAGCUUCAGGAGUCUCAUAGAAGAGAAAGUCAAUGAAAUUAAAGAAGACAGUCAUUGUGGAGAAACUUUUACCCAGGUUCCAGAUGACAGGCUGAACUUCCAGGCGAAGCAAAGUUCUCCUGAAGUAAAAUCAUGUGACAGCUUUGUGUGUGGUGAAGUUGUCAUAGGUAACUCAUCUUUUGAUAUGAACAUCAGAGGUGACAUUGGACACAAGGCAUAUGAGUAUCAGGAAUAUGGACCAAAGCCAUAUAAGUGUCAACGACCUAAGAAAGCCUUCAUAUAUCGCCCCUCCUUUAGAACACAAGAAAGGGAUCGCACUGGAGAGAAACCCUAUGCUUGUAAACAAUGUGGAAAAACCUUUAUUUUCCAUUCAAGCAUUCAAAGACACAUGGUAAUGCACAAAGGGGAUGGACCUUAUAAAUGUAAAUUUUGUGGGAAAGCCUUCCAUUGUCUCAGUUUAUGUCUUAUCCAUGAAAGAACACACACUGGAGAGAAACCAUAUGAAUGUAAACAAUGCAGUAAAUGCUUUAGUUAUUCUGCUACCCUUCAAAUACAUGAAAGAACUCACACUGGAGAGAAGCCUUAUGAAUGUAGCAAAUGUGAUAAAGCAUUUCAUAGUUCCAGUUCCUAUCAUAGACAUGAAAGGAGUCACAUGGGGGAGAAGCCUUAUCAAUGCAAAGAAUGUGGAAAAGCAUUUGCGUAUACCAGUUCUGUUCGUAGACAUGAAAGGACCCACUCUAGGAAAAAGACGUAUGAAUGUAAGCAAUAUGGGGAAGCCUUAUCCUAUCUUGUAAGUUUUCAAACACACAGAAUGAACUCUGGAGAAAGACCUUAUAAAUGUAAGAUAUGCAAGAAAGGCUUUUAUUCUGCCAAGUCAUUUCAAACACAUGAAAAAACUCACACUGGAGAGAAACGCUAUAAAUGCAACCAAUGUGGUAAAGCCUUCAAUCUUUCCAGUUCCUUUCGAUAUCAUGAAAGGAUUCACACUGGAGAGAAACCGUAUGAGUGUAAGGAGUGUGGGAAAGCCUUCAGAUCUGCCUCACAGCUUCGAGUGCACGGUGGGACUCACACUGGAGAGAAACCCUAUGAAUGUAAGGAAUGUGGG